AUGCCCGCAAUGGAGAAUCAACUUUACGACGUUAUCAUUGUCGGUCGAGGACCCGUUGGGCUAUUCUUGGCUUGCGAACUCCUCCUUCAAGAUGUCUCUGUUCUAGUAGUUGAGCGCCGUUUGGCGAUGGGACUAGGAGACCUUCCGGAGACUCGAGCUUGUAUCGUUCACGCUCGCACGCAGGAGAUACUGGCCGCUCGUGGACUUCUUCCGACUUUCAACAAAGUCAGCAGCAAGACAAACUGGUGGCAUUACGGAAUUCUGGAGACUCGUCUUCAGUUUGGAGCACUUGACGACGAAACAUUGGAAAACCAUGUAAUGUUCACCCCACAGUCGCAAACGGAGGAGAUCUUGCUUCGCCGCGCUCUUGAACUCGGAGUUGUUGUUCAGUUGGGGGCAAAAGUAAAGUCUUUGGACCAGUCGGCUGAUGAGGUUACUCUUCGUGGAAGUUUGAUCAAGGACACGAAUGGUGACUCCAUUGAAGAGGACUUCACCGUAAGAGGAAAAUAUGUCGUUGGAUGUGACGGAUGGCGAAGUUCUGUAAGAGAAUUGGCAAAGUUCAACUGGGAACAGAGAGAUGCAACUCAUGUUAUGUGGUCGGCGGAAGCUACGCCAGGUGUCGAUAUGGGGCCUUUCAACAUCACCAAAAAUGAUGCAGGAAUUCUGAUUAUGUGCAAGAUGGAUGUCCCUAGUGGUCGGUCCCGUAUUGCUUGUUGGACUCCUUCUAGAAACGAUCUGGAUGCGACCGAACCAUUCACGCUUGAAGAGUUUAAUCAAGCACUCACGGAGAUCACUGGCAGAGACAACAGACUCGGUAACCCUAAAGGCCUCGCCCGUUUCACUAACAUGUCUGGCUAUGUUACUGAAUAUCGCAAGGGCCGAGUUUUCCUUGGAGGCGAUGCAGCACAUAGACAUUUACCAGCUGGCGGGCAAGGAAUGAAUCUCGGCAUUCAAGAAGUCAACAAUCUUGCGUGGAAGCUUGGGGCGGUGAUCCGUGGCGAAGCCCCAGACACACUAUUGGACACUUACGGAUCCGAAAGGCUCAGCAUCGCUCAAGGGGUCGUUACCAAUACCACUGCACAGUCCCUUCUCUUCUUCGCGCAUACCCGACCCGAGACAGCUAUUCGAGAGUCGCUGAACAAGAUCCUGGAAGUUCCGGAAGCGAAUCGCAAGCUUGCUCUAGAGAUUUCCGGUCUUUCGCAUGCAUAUCCAGCGCCACUUGAGAUGAUCCGUCCAGAAGGAUGGGAUGCACUCCCGAAGGAACUGUCUGGUAAGCGAGCUCCCGAUGUCAAGGUGCGGACUACGGACGGUGAUGAGAAAUAUUUGCAUGAUUUCUUGAAGGGAGGAAAGUGGGUGCAGUUUGUCUUUAGCGAUAGACACUCGACAGGAAAUGUUGGUGUACCAGCAUUCGUGGGACGCACGGAGGUUGUGUCUGUUGCAGAGAUUUUGGGCAACUGGGGGGGCAUGUACAAGGGACCUCACAGCCAGAUUCUUAUUCGGCCGGAUGGCCAUUUUGGCUUUGGAAAACUUUGA